GGUUUGCUCACAGCUGCCACUCGUGCUGAGGAAGUCUCCCACCACACCGCUUGGGCUAGCUUUGGGGUGCAGGAUUCCAGGGAAGAGGGAAAAGGGAAGGCGGCGUACUAUUCCUGUUGCGCGGCUACGCACCAGGAAUUCUUGUGAACGGUGGGAAUGGCAACUAUCUGAUCCAAGGGGGAGAAAAAGAGCUGGAGUGAGCAAAACAAAGAGCGAGUGUGGGCCGCGGUGACUUCAUGCCUCACCAAUGUCCCGCCCACGCUACUCCGAGCUGUUGCUGCUGCUGCUGCCGGGGCGCCGCCGCCCCUACGGGCAACCCGGCAAGGCGCACCAUAGCGUGGGGCGGUUUCCUAGCAACUCCGGGUCAGAGCGCGCCCAGCUAACAGCAGGUUGGGACCCCCCACUUGGGGGUGGGGGAGACAGGGCAGGACCACCUUAAUCCUGUUCAUCGCCAGCCUCCUCCAUUGCAUCCUCGCUGUGUGCACCCCAGAGCACGCCAGCUGCCAGGGGUCUGGGACGCCUGAGCCAAACUCUGGAGCCAAAAGGACUGGGGCACGAAGCCCCCGCCCCGCACGGCUGGGCUCUCGCACCCCCGCGGAACCUCCCCUCCUGCGCUAGCGCCGUGAGCUCCAGUCCUGGCUAGACUGGAAGCAGAAAUGCCUUGCUCUGUGCUUGGGGGCGUCUACAGGCGCUUCUAGAGCGCUCCCAGAGCCGCCUUCCCAGCCUUUGGCACCCCGAGCCUCAACCUUCACCAGUCAAAACGCUUUUGCCUGUUCCUUGCCCGCUACUCCGCUGACGAGGCUGCAAAACUGCAACAAAGUGGAGUUGGCCUCCCUGCCCACCUGUGGAAGAAGCUCGCGCAGAUUGAUGCGCCAUCGACAUUUUUCCCCUUUCGGCCUUCUGGCGUCCCCUCCCACAAAUGCGGCAUCGCCCAGUGAAUAUACAUUAGGGUGAUCCCCCAGCCUCGGGCUUUGUUUGGGUUUGAUUGUGUUUGGCUCUUGGCUAAGCUGAUUUAUGCAGCAGAGCCCCAUCGGCUGGAGAGAAACAAAAGCUCUUUUCUUUGUCCCGGAGCGCGCUUUCGAGCCCUCGAUCGCGUCGCCGCCGCUGGCCAUCGGCCGUCGGAGGAGGUGCUUUUCGCAGAGACUCCAGGGCUGGCCGUGUGGAGCUGGGAGGGCCGCGGGGGCCCUGAGAUGCAGAGCAGUGCUCGGGCCCACGUACCUGCACAGCUUGCUCGGAGCCGGGAAAUCCGCCUGCCGGGCCUGCGGGAAACAUCCUAGCGAUCCUCAGUCUGCGGGCCCCGAGGUGCGCCCGAGAGGCAAGAGCGCGCUACAGGAAAGAAGCCAGGCGGCAGGCGCGGGUCGGGCUGCUUUGCAUUAUGUGCGGCUUGGCCCUGGCUUUUUUUACUGCUGCAUUUGUCUGCCUGCAAAACUGCCGGCGAGGUCCUGCCUCAUUUCUUCUGGCGGCCUGGGUGUUUUCACUUGUUCUUGGACUGGGACAAAGUGAAGACAAUAGAUGUGCAUCUUCAGACGCAGUGUCGUGUGCCAAGUGCCUUGCGCUGGGUCCAGAAUGUGGAUGGUGUGUUCAAGAGGAUUUUAUUUCAGGUGGAUCAAGAAGCGAACGUUGUGAUAUUGUUUCCAAUUUAAUAAGCAAAGGCUGCUCGAUUGAUUCGAUAGAAUAUCCAUCUGUGCGUGUAAUCAUACCAAGUGAAAAUGAAAUUAACACUCAAGUGACACCAGGAGAAGUGUCAAUCCAGCUGCGUCCAGGAGCUGAAGCUAAUUUUAUGCUGAAAAUUCAUCCUCUGAAGAAAUAUCCGGUGGAUCUUUAUUAUCUGGUUGAUGUAUCAGCAUCAAUGCACAAUAAUAUAGAAAAAUUAAAUUCCGUUGGAAAUGAUUUAUCUAGAAAAAUGGCAUUUUUCUCCCGUGACUUCCGCCUUGGAUUUGGCUCAUAUGUGGAUAAAACUGUUUCACCAUACAUAAGUGUCCACCCUGAAAGGAUUCAUAAUCAAUGCAGUGACUACAAUUUAGACUGUAUGCCUCCCCACGGGUAUAUCCAUGUGCUGUCUUUGACAGAAAACAUCACUGAGUUCGAAAAAGCGGUUCACAGACAAAAGAUCUCUGGAAACAUAGACACCCCUGAAGGAGGUUUCGACGCCAUGCUUCAGGCAGCUGUCUGUGAGAGUCAUAUUGGAUGGCGAAAAGAAGCUAAAAGAUUGCUGCUGGUGAUGACAGAUCAGACAUCUCAUCUUGCUCUUGAUAGCAAAUUGGCAGGCAUAGUGGUGCCGAAUGACGGAAACUGUCAUCUGAAAAACAAUGUCUACGUCAAAUCUACGACCAUGGAACAUCCCUCACUAGGCCAACUUUCAGAAAAACUGAUAGACAACAACAUUAAUGUCAUUUUUGCAGUUCAAGGAAAACAGUUUCAUUGGUAUAAGGACCUUCUACCCCUUUUGCCUGGCACCAUUGCUGGUGAGAUAGAAUCAAAGGCUGCUAACCUCAACAAUUUGGUAGUAGAAGCCUACAAGAAACUCAUUUCAGAAGUGAAAGUGCAGGUGGAAAACCAGGUACAAGGUGUCUAUUUCAACAUCACAGCCAUCUGUCCAGAUGGAACCAGAAAGCCAGGCACUGAUGGAUGUGGAAAUGUGACAAGCAAUGAUGAAGUUCUUUUCAAUGUAACAGUUACAAUGAAAAAAUGUGAUGUCACAGGAGAAAACUAUGCAAAAAUCAAACCUAUUGGUUUCAAUGAAACCACUAAAAUUCACAUACACAGGCACUGCAACUGUCAGUGUGAGGACCACAGAGGACGUAAAGGAAAGUGUGAAGAUGAAACUUUCCUAGACUCCAAGUGUUUGCAGUGUGACGAGAGUAAAUGCCAUUUGAUGAAAUGCAUUCCGUCCGAGAGUUGCAGGUUACACAAGGACCAACCUGUUUGUAGUGGUCGAGGAGUCUGUAUUUGUGGGAAGUGUUUAUGUCACAAAAUUAAGCUUGGAAAAGUGUAUGGAAAAUACUGUGAAAAGGAUGAUUUUUCCUGUCCAUAUCACCAUGGAAAUCUGUGUGCUGGGCAUGGAGAAUGUGAAGCAGGCAGAUGCCAGUGCUUCCAUGGCUGGGAAGGGGACCGGUGCCAGUGCCCCUCAGCAUCAUCCCAGCACUGUGUCAAUUUGAAGGGCCAGGUGUGCAGCGGCAGAGGCACGUGCGUGUGCGGCAGGUGUGAGUGCACAGAUCCCCGGAGCAUCGGCCGCUUCUGUGAACACUGUCCCACCUGUCACACGGCCUGCAGUGAAAACUGGAAUUGUAUGCAAUGCCUUCACCCUCACAAUCUGUCUCAAGCUAUACUUGAUCAGUGCAAAACCUCAUGUGCUCUCAUGGACCAGCAUUAUGGACAUCAAACAUCAGAAUGUUUAUCUAGCCCGAGCUACUUGAGAAUAUUUUUCAUCAUAUUCAUUACAUUCUUGAUUGGGUUGCUUAAAGCUAUCAUUAGGCAGGUGAUACUACAAUGGAAUAAUAAUAAAAUAAGUCUCAUCAGAUACAGAGUGUCUGCCUCAAAAAAGGAUAAGUUGCUUCUGCAAAGUGUUUGCACAAGAACAGUAACCUACCACCGUGAGAAACCGGAAGAAAUAAAAAUGGAUAUCAGCAAAUUAAAUACUCAUGAAACUUUCAGGUGCAACUUCUAAAAAAGAUACAAGAACACUUUAUGAAAAACUGGAUUUUUUUAAAAAUAUUGCUCCUAAAAAAGUAUAAUUUUAAAAGUCACAGGAGGAGAAAAAUUGUUCAAGAUCAUGCCAGUUCCUGGUUGUAUACUCGAAUGAAGACUGACAAGCAUCCUCAUUGUCAUGUGACUCACGCAGCUGCUGAAUUUUCAGAGAAAAAUGUGUCUUACUACUGUUUGAGACUAGUGUCAUUGUAGCACUUUACUGUAAUAUAUAACUUAUUUAGAUCAGCAUAGAAUGUAGAUCCUCUGAAGAGCACUGAUUACACUUUACAGGUACUUGCCAUUCCUACACUUCCCAGAGAGACAUGAUGCCAUGAGACAGGCUAGCGUUGUGUCCCUACACGGGUGCAGUAAUUCCUGCCAGAACAAGUGGAUGAAAAAUAUAACCUGGUAGUUGUUACAUACUGAAGUGGCCAAAUGCUUCAGCAAUUGGCAGUGACUAGACAAAAACAACUAGAUGAAUAAAUGGUUUGUGUUUCAUUCAUUCAGGAGGUAAACACAUAGAACCUUAAUCAUAAGGAAUACUGAUUUUGAGACUGUGUAGUUUGAUGCAUGUGUGUUUAUGUUUCCUUCUUUUCACAAAAUGGAUACUAAUGCCAAUGUUCUUUCCUCUUUGCAUUUAUAUUUUGUUUUUCCUCCUUCCAGGAUAAGUUCAUAUAUAUUGCAGAUGACUGGAUUAAAUAAGUGCUAAGUUACUACUGCCAUAAGACCUGUAAUACAAUGUCACUUUAUUAGAAUACUGGUUUUAAAAGCUGAAUGUUAAUAAGGGACACUGUAAAGUAUCAUCUAAACCUGAAUAACUUCAUUGUUUGAAGAUGUGGUAUCGCCUUACCUGGUAAACUGGAUGGAUUGUUUCGCUAUUUCAUUUGCCUCAUCUGUAGGUUGGAAUUCACAAGAUAUUUAGAAACUCUGUCUCAGCAAAGUACCACACUUUUGAAUGAGUUUUCUUAGAUUUUGAGUCCAAGUAGAUAUCAACAUUUUUCAAAUGAAAAACUAUAUUAUUUUUGUCCUUCAGUGCAACCUAAGGACAUUCUUUCCUUGAAUCACCCCAAACCUAUUCACCAGAAUUCAUAACAAUAUAAAAUUGGAAGUGGGUAGGUAAUAUCUUAAAAAUAAGAUAAUUCUCCUUUUUUAGUUAGUCAGGGAGCUGAGGCUCAAAAAAAUUUAAAUGAUUUCUUAAAAACCACCCAGUAGAUAAAAGUGGCAGCAUUAGAAAAGGGUUCUGUCUUCUAAUUGCUGACCCAUGUUCAUUGCACAUUAUCAUGCUACCUCUUGAAUCUUUAAGAUAUUUAAUUGGCAAAUAUUUUUUAAAUGUGAUUUACUAAAGUCUUAAAUAUAUGGGCAUGAGAAAUUUUCAAAAGUAGAGAAGAGUAAUUCCAACUGAAUUAUCCAUAAUGGGCUUCCAGUCUUUCCUGCUAAUCAGCUUCUGAGAAGAGACGGCAUCAUGGUAGAAAUAUGGGGGAAUCUUUCACACUAUAAUCGGUAUGAACAGCAUCCCCUGAAGUUGUGCCCUGCUCAACUCAAGACCUGAAUACAGAACUCUACUUUCCCCAGUCAAACUUCUUCACUAUUACCGUAUCUCUACAGACUUAUUCAGUCUUACUUUAUGGACAUGCAGUCCCACUGUCCUAUGGGUAGUCCAGAAUUUUACCUAUGAUAACCAAACACUUUAUUUAAUACAUCUUCUUGUGAUUGACUUCCCAGAUAUUCUGUCUUCCAGAACUUCAGUGAAAGUUCUAUAUGAAGACUGACUUCCAUCCUGUAUUUAACCAUGAAGAGAACUGAAAUAAAUGUUAAGUUUUUCUGGAGCCAAUGGACAGCAGCUCCGUGAGCUGCCCUCUGCAGCCAAGCAAUUAUAAUACUAAACUGAACUGCAUUUCUUUCCCCAGGUGAGAGACUUGGGGACAUUGACAUAAUUUAAUACUGGGACUCUUAUAAGAAAACUUUGGUAACUAAAGAUAAUGUAAAAUUUCUAUUUUUAAGCUUAUCAAAUAUAACAUCCUUUCUAAAACACAUAAGUAAAUGUAUGUCUGACAACCUCCCAAAAGGAAAAAAGUGGGAGAUAUCUUUUAAUUAAAAUGCUGGUAAUUUAAAAAUUAACUGUUCAAUGUUUAUGAGGAACAAACUAAUUUCCAUAUGGAAAUGAACAAAAAAGCUUAAGAAAAUGAAAUCCUUAAAAAGCAAGGAUUUUGUUUUUUUUAACUCUCACUAGUUUGCACUAACUUUCAAAUGGACCAAGCUGUUUUCAUAGGGAGGGACAAACUUCCUUGCACGCAUUUGAAAACUGGGUGAUGACUGUCUCUGUGCUCCAAAUGUCUUGUGCUUUUGUUCUCUUUUCCUUUUUUUAUUUUCUACUUAAAGAGCUAAUUCUUAAAGGUUUUAGGGCUUAUACUUUACUUGAAUAAUUGAUACUUUUCUGUGUAAUGGUUUGUGAGAAAUGAACUAAUAUUUGACUAGUUAGAAUUAAUUAAAAGAUAAGGGGAAACAGGGUAUUCUUAGAUUACGUAAUUUAUGUAAAUAGAGCCUACUUUCAUCUACUAUAACUACAGGAGCCUUUUGAAAUUCAUUGAUAUUAAAGACAAAUUUAAAUUAUUAACAAAAUUUAGAACUUGAACAACAUGUCUUGGUACAGCAGCAUUUUUGUGCCCUCAAGUAUGUAAUGAUUAAGAAAUGUGCCAUAGGUACUCUAUGACACACCUGUAUGCAACUUAGUUCUCUAGGGCAUCUUUACACUGCAGUGCAUAUGUGCUCAUGAGUGUUUGACAUAUUCUUUGAAAUUUGCUAGUGUUUACCAAGUCAUAGACAUUCUCUGGAAGACAUAAAAAUUCCCUAAAAAUCAGAUUAUGCUCCAAAUGUUCAAUUUAGUUUUGAUUUAUAAAAACAACCACCACCACCACACCAGCAACAAAACUAGAUAUCUCUGGAAGCAAAUUUUUAAAAACUUAUUAAACUAGCAUUGGUGGAUGCUAAAUUCCAUUUCUGUUUUUUGUUUAGCAUUCAUUUAAUCUCCAUAAAAGAUAUUGUUAUGUGUAACAAAAGCAUCCAUGAGAUGCUGAAAUAUUUCAGGAUGGACUAUGAAAACUUUCCUCCAUUCAUUAUAUUGCUCCUGGUAUCCUGACACCUUUAUUUUCCAUUCACUUUUCCCAAAAUUUCCCUAAAGCUUCAGGCUCAAUUAGCCUAAUUGUGAAAAAUAAUGGAAUUUAUUGGCAUAAUUACAUUCUUCAUUUCCAAAUAUCUCUUCUUGAUUUUAACACUCAUUUGAUUUUAUGUGCCUAAACAAAGACAAACAGACCCAGUCAUGUGCAUAUUGUAUUCUCUUUUGUUCACUCUUAAUAUUUAAUUUAUGGCUAUACUUAUCUAUGUUGACCUUAAUAAUUCCACUUCAUGCAAUGCAAACCUUUUCAAAUGAAUGUAGAAUGAGCCUUCUUUCGGAUCAUUUGCUGCUUCUUUUAAAAUUCCUCCAUAGCAGAUUUAUUAUGUGUAACUGAUCAUACACAUCCAUAUGUGUGUCUCAUUGAUUCUAAGAUACUUUUUCAAUUUAACCUCUCCAAAAUUGUCUUGUCUCCAGAAAUUGUUGGCAUCUUAGGUGCAGUGUUGAAUAUUGUGCCUGAAUAAAUAUUACACUAAUUCACCCUUAAAUGAACAUUCAUGGGUAUGGGGAUAUUCCUUUUCUUUUAAAUGUUUAUGAAUUCAUUUAUGAUAACAUCUGAAGCCAAUUUUCAAUACAACUGAAUCACAUACAACUCAAAAGGAAGCUUAACUAAUUAUCAAAUCAGAUUCUGAGUAUCUUUAAGUUGCAAAAGCUCUUCAGGCUCCUGUUCAUAGUUUAUGCUUCAGGCUCCUGUUCAUAGUUUAUACUAAGUGAUGAUAGGUUCAACAAUCCUCACUAACUGACUAGAAUGGGUACAUUUCUUGCACUAUUCUUAACGAAUUUGUAUUCCUUCUAUUCCUUUCUAAAGGGAUCCCUUGUAUAUGAUCAUCUCACUUGUAAACAAAAUUAACUGGAAAAAAUUCCAUGAAACCAUCAUAAUUAGAUUUUUUAGCAUCUUGUAUGCCUUUUAUCAAGGGCAGAAAAUAUGAUACAACCAGUCUUAUGGAAAACAACUUUCCUCUUGGGUCCUCCUACUUUUUAUUUUUCUUUAUCCUUUCUGUUCUUUUGAUGUUUUCCUUGGCUUUGAUAAAUUUCCCUUCAAGCCCAUGUAAUGACUGUUUUAAAACUGCAUAUUUAAAUUAUUUGAUUAUGUGAAACAAUUGUUAAGCUCUCUGGGCAGCUUUUAUUGAAAUACCUGAGAGUAAUGACACUACUCUUAUAUCUACCUGAAAUAUUUUUCUUCAUAAAAUUUAUCUUUGGAAGCUAAGUCUAUUAACCAGGUUUCUAGUAUCUACAACCAACUUCAGUUAAGAUUGUCUAACAUGAUGAGAUAACCACUGCAGUCAAGGGUGGAAAGUGUGUGACAUGUGUAAAGAUCUUUGACCAACUUUACACAACUUGCCACAGGCAAAUGUGAUUCUGAUGAGCUCCACACAAUAACAAGUAUGGUACAUAGAUUUUAUUAAAAAUAUUUAGUAUAAAAUAUUUUAAUUCUAAAUUAUAAGAAAAUACAAAUUUGCACAUAUUAAUAUAGAAAUUCAUUCUGUAUAUAUUUUAACAUACCUACCUUUAAACUAUUUGACAUUUAUCAGCUACUUUAUUAAGAUUUUUUAAACCUCUGCAAGAAAAUUAGAAAUGUUUUUAAAUUAUCAGUAACAUAACCUUAUUUUGUUUCACUUAACAUGUACUGCCUUUGUAAAAAACAGAAAUUUAAUAUAGAAUGUAUUUUUAAAUUAAAAUUUUUGAUUAUAAAAUAGCUCUAAGAAAGAAACAAAUUCUUACUGAACAUGUUUCAUAUUAAUUCUGACUUUGGAUUAUACAUAAAGUUAAAUGGCCUUAAAUGAUACAGAAGAUUGAGGAUAUAAUAAUUUUACAUAAUAUACUAUGAACUUGUUCAUGUAACUCUGAUUGACUACUAACUUCUGUUUUAUGUAUUUAUUAAAGAGCUGACACUGUAGAUUGUUGUGAGAUGUUUAUUUUUCUAACAGAUAUUAUAACAGUUAUGACAAGGCGUUUAAUUAAUGCACCAUUUUGUUUAAAAGUCAGUGUUAAGAUGAAUUUUUCUGUUUUAAAAUAAAAAUGUAAAGGCUA